AUGUCAAGUAUCCAAGCAUCCAUACACCGCACACACCCCAACAUGCCACUCGCCAACACACCCACAGCAUCACCCCGCGACGCCGUCGAAGCCGCCCUCGACCUCUUCUUCCGCGCGCGACACGAUCCCUCAAUACCACUAUCCGCCUGGGACGACCUCGUCGCCACGUUCGAUGAAGAACAACUUGAGCAGCUUGAGGAUGCAACGAGCGUGCUGCGACGCAAUUGGCCGAGGCAUGUACCUUAUCCUAACCUCGUUGGGUUUGUGAGGUGGCAGGUGGAGAAGGCGGAGAGGAGGGACAAGGAGCUGGAUAGGAGGGAGAAGGAGGAUAAAAAGAGAGAGAAGGAGAAUGAGAGGAGGGAGAAGGAGGAUAAGAGGAGAGAGAAGGAGGAUAAGAGGAGGGAGAGGGAGGAUGAGAGGAGGGAGAGGGAGGAUGAGAGGAGGGAGAAGGAGGUGAGGGAGGAGGAGGAGGCUAGAGCGAUGUCGGAGAACGAAGAGGAGUAA